UUUUUUCGCGUCUGCUCUGCAUUCCUCCCAGAAUAGUGCCCCUGUUCGUCUCUUUGUCUCACCAAUGCAGUAUCGCGAAUCGCGAUAGGACCGUACACUCAGUCUACUCCUGUAUUUCGAUUCGACGUGCCUGCUCCUGUGCCGAUUGUCGAGUUGUGCGACCGACCAUUUUCGCAAUGGCGACUCUUGCCGGCCCUUUGCGAAGCUCGCGAAUCCUACGAAGCUUGUCAGAAAGCCAUCGCCUGAAUGCGGUUACCGCAACUCACGGGAAUUCUAGUCUCGGAUUUCAGGCUUGGACAGGCUUUCAGUGUAUACAAGCAUCCUCUUUGUUAGCUUCCCCCCAUAAGUCUACAGGAUUCGCGAAAUCGUCGAUUUCAGGAAAGAGGUUACAUAAAUCCGGUUCAUUGGGCUCGUCCCAGGGUCAGACCAGGAAUACCCAGGGCAUUCAUACGCGCCUUAGACACGGCCCGGGUUUCCAUACAAGAGCGUUCUUCUGGCAACGGGGUUCCGAGGGGGAGAAGGAUAAAGCAGCUGACGUUGAUAAGGAGGCGGAGGAGGCGGAAAAGGCGCGGAAGGAGAGAGAGGAGAAGGAGAAGGAGGAGGAGGAGAGGAGGAAUAAGCUGGUCAUGAGUAUUUUCAUCGACUUGCUGGGGCUGUUGGCCAGCCGGCAUCUCGUCCCGUUAGACUACAUCUGGAUUCCAGCCUCAGCCUUCAUCAUUCAGAGAUUAUACCGUGCGCCUCUGCUCUCCAGUGUAGGCUUUGUGGAGCAGGCUAUACCCGGCAUUGAGUUUAUCCCCACUGCUACACUAGGCUGGAUGCUGGAGACCUACCCUGAGCUGCGGAAAAUCACAAAAGCGCUGCCGCUGAUGGGCCGACUCAGUAGCAGGUUCAAGAAAUGAUGGUUCAGAUUUUUAUGAUUCUUAUUGAAAGACUUUGCUGCAGUGUAG